ACCGGCAGCCGAGGAAGACAAAAUGGCGGCCGAGGCCUCCACAGGGAAAGGGGAAGCGGCGCCGGAGUCGGAGGAAGAGGCCGGGCCCUUUUUGGGGCGCUACCAGGCCCGGCUCUGCGCUCUACAGCCGGGGGAGGAGAGCGGGAGGCGGACGGAGCUCCACUUGCUCUUCGACCAGCUCCUGUCCGAGAGCAGCAGCCCAGGAGCACCUUCCCCAGGAGAGCUAAGAGGAGAAGAUGUUUGUCAGCUGCUUGUCCAAGCUUGCAAACUAGUUCCACUUAAUCAAGAGCAUCUGGUCAACAAAGUCUGCCAGCUGAUUCAUCAGAUGCUUAACAGAUUUCAGGUUAUAGUUGAUGAAGAAAGUCUGAAGUACCUCCUGCCAUAUUUUAUCUCUGCAUUAAAGCAGUGCAGCUCUUGGACACAUGUUGAAAUAUUGCAGGCCUUGGCGGCUUCUGUCUACAACAAUGGACCCAGGUGUCAAAAGUAUCUCCCAGCCUUGCUAGGGAAAGAUGGACUUCUGAUACAACUGAGCAGCCCAGCUCAAACUGACACUGAACUCAGAAGGGCCUCAGUGCACUGCCUGGCAAACCUCUGCCUCAGCAUACCUGGACAACCAUACCUGGAGGAGCCUUACAGAGAGCUCUGUUUUCAGGCUUUUCUCUGUGUGCUACAGUCUUCAAAAGCAUCUGGAGUUGACGACAUCACCUUAUGUAUGUUGUUACAGAAUGCCUUGAAAGGACUCCAGUCACUCUUAAAUGGUGGAAAGAUGAAAUUGAUGCAGCCCGAUCAACUUGGUUCUGUUCUUGCUGUGUUAAAGAAAUACAUGUUCCAUGGGCUUCCUGGACUGAACAUAGAAAUGCCAGCCAUCUUAUAUCCUGCAGUUCUUUCUCAGUAUGACAGCAGGUCACCAGCCAAACAGGAGAAAUCAGAACUGAACAGCGUUAAGCCGACUGGGACAAGGAGGAAAAAGUCCAAGGCGAAGCAGAAGAAGGGGAAGCUGGAUGAAGAGGCAAAAGAACAAGAAGAAGAUGCUGAAGGAGCUGGGGCAGAGGAAUCAAGGUUACAAGGAGAUAUGCAGCAGAGCCCUGGUCCAGAUGUCUCAAAUCGGACAGCCAAGGACCCAUGCGUGCCAUUCAUAAAGGACCAUUUAUCUGUGCACACUCUUGGUUGGAAGAGAAUCAGUAGCAGUGACUCAGAGUAUUCUGAUGUUGAAGGUGGAAUGCAGAGCAAAACAAGGUCUUUCCAAGCAAAAGUUCGCCAAGGGGCUUUAACUUGCUUCCUUUCAACUGUGAAGUCUAUAGAGAAGAAAGUCCUGUAUGGCUACUGGUCAGCAUUUAUUCCUGACGCACCUGGAAUAGGAAGCCCACAGUCUGUGUCUUUGAUUACUAUUGCUUUAAAAGAUCCUUCUCCAAAGACACGGGCCUGUGCCUUCCAAGUUCUCUCAGCCAUUUUGGAAGGCUCGAAACAGUUCCUUUGCAUUGCUGAGGAUGCAGAUGAUCACAGGAGAGCCUUCACACCCUUCUCAGUAACCAUUGCAUCCAGCAUCCGAGAACUUCACCGUUGUCUGCUGUUGGCCCUGGUAGCAGAGUCCUCUUCCCAAACUCUCACCCAGAUAAUUAAGUGCCUUGCCAAUCUGGUAUUGAAUGUACCAUACAGCCGUUUAAAGACUGGACUGCUGACAAGAGUCUGGAACCAGAUAAAGCCAUAUAUUAGACAUAAAGAUGUUAAUGUUCGAGUGUCAAGUCUGACGUUGCUUGGAGCCAUAGUAUCCGCUCAAGCACCUUUGCCAGAAGUACGCCUCCUUUUGCAACAGCCCAGCUCAUCUGGACUUGGCGACGGUGGAUCUAGCACACCACGCCAUUCUGGUGUACCUGAAUGGCAUAGAGAAAGCCCCGGGCAGCCUCUGACCACAGAGAAUGCGCCUUCGGAGCCUUGUUGGCUCCUCCAUCUCUGCAUAUCUCUGGUUGUGCUGCCCAGGGAGGAGUGCUGCUUGGACAAUGAUGGUGCCUGCCUGACAACCACUGGCUUCUAUGAGCCAUCACCAGUUCGGCUGGAGUCAUUGCAGGUCUUAGUGCUUCUUGUCAAGGGCUAUUUCUCAGUUGCCCAAAGCUAUUUGCUAGAGCUUGGCCAAGUGGCUUGCAAAUGCAUGGAAGAAACGGAUCCAGCCAUCCAGCUCCAUGGAGCAAAACUUCUUGAUGAACUUGGUGUAGGUAUAAUACAGCAGUACAAGCCAGAUCUGGCGGAUGCCCCAGAUCAACGAGUGCCUUUUGACCUGGUUGUAACAUUCUGGACUAGGAUGCUGAAUGGACCAUUACCAGCUGCACUUCAAAACUCUCAACACCCAACGCUCCAGACCAGCACCUGCAAUGCUCUGUCUUCGAUCUUACCAGAAGCUUUCAGUGGUCUCCCAAAUGACAAACAGAUUCUUUGCAUCACAGUCCUCCUUGGACUCAACCACAGUGAGAACCCGCUGGUGAAAGCAGCCGCUGCACGAGCGCUUGGGGUCUACGUUGUCUUCCCAUGCCUUCGACAGGACGUCAUGUUUGUUGCUGACACAGCCAAUGCAAUCUUGGACUCGCUCCACGAUAGUUCUCCGAAUGUCCGUGCCAAAGCAGCGUGGUCCUUGGGCAACCUGACGGACACUCUGAUCAUCAACAUGGAGCUAAUGGGACAAAGUUUCCAGGAUGAGUUCUCAGAUCUCCUGCUGCUCAAAAUGUUACGGUUAGCUACUGAUGCGUCAAAAGACAAAGACAAGGUGAAGAGUAAUGCUGUCCGAGCCCUAGGAAACCUCCUUCAUUUUCUCCAGCCGUCCCACAUCACUGACCCUAGGUUUCUCCAACCCAUUGAGGAGUCUAUCCAGGCCCUGACUUCUGCAGUCCGAAGUGAAGCCACAAUGAAAGUGCGCUGGAAUGCUUGUUACGCACUUGGGAAUGUCUUUAAAAACCAUUCCUUGCCACUGGGUGAAGCCCCUUGGACUGCCCAAGCGUAUGGUGCCCUUAUCCUGGUGGUCCAGGCUUGCAAGAACUUCAAGGUUCGCAUCAAAUCAGCUGCGGCCCUCUCAGUCCCAGCCGAAAGGAGGUGUUACGGGACUCCUGCGCAGUUUUCCCAGAUCUGGAGCGCGUUGGUGGUUGCCUUGCAGCGGAGCGAAGAAGCAGAGGACUUCCUGGAGUUCAAAUACAGUGCUAGUUUGCGGACCCAGCUGUGUCACACUCUGGUUCACUUGCUGAGUUUGGCUGAAGAGGCAGACCUAUCGGCUGUCAGAAAGUCAGUGACUGAGCAUGGAGAAGUAAUAGGAUCCUACCUGUUGCAGUACAUGAAAUCAGGAGCUGAGGAUGUGGGCACAAGUCCGCCCUUUUCUGAACCAGACAAAAGCCUGCGGAGGGCUAUUGAGCAUGUGCGGGCGAUUGAGGAAGGGGCAGAAGGGUGCCCAGUGAAAAGGGGAAUGGUGGCUUAUCUACAAGACAUCUUAAAAACCCACCACAGUUCCACGGGGCUUACUGAAGCUUAGGGAAAAUCUUCUGUUUUUUAACUAGGCGUCUAAGAAAAACUAGGAAAUAAACAGGUCAACAUUGAAGAUCGCCUGUUGUAUGUUUUCAAUGUUUGUAUGUUUGGGGCUUUAAGCUGUGUUUCACGGAAGCCAUUUUGGUGUCUGAAACUUGUCCAGUUUCAGAUUAUGUUCUCUUUCUCUCCAUAGAAGUGCCACAACAGUUUUUAUAUUGUUGAUUUGCUCUUAAGGAGACUUUGGGUAACUUCUAUUUUGCCAGAAUGCCUUACUUGUUACUGAAUAAUGUCUGUAUCAGCUUCGGCUUCAUUGUACAGCUUUCUUCUGUGAAUCAAAAUGGGAAAUGUCAAGGUAAAGUGGGCUAGUUCUUUGGAAGUCUGCUAUGAGAACAGAAUAGAAUUAUGUGUGUAUUUUCCUUCAAGUCACCUGUCAAUUUAUGGUGAUCCCAUGAAUUUCAUAGGGUUUUCUUAGGCAAGGAAUACUCAAAGCUGGUUUUACCAGUUCCUUCCUCUGAAAUAUAGCCUUUAAAGCACCUAAUAUUUAUUGGUGGUCUCCCAUCCAAGUACUUCUUAGCUUCAAAGAUUGGAAGGAUCUGGUGCCUUUAGGAUAUUUAGGCCAACAAAUAGAAGCAUAAGUCAAAACUGUUGAACAAUUAUUUCUUAUUUUUAAUUGCAAGCAUCCUUCCUGAACAUAAAUAUUGACCAAGAUCCAUCUGGAAAUCAAAUAAACUAUAACCUUU